UGAAAUCACGCCUGCACAUUUGAGAUAAAUCUUGGUGUAAAUUGUAAGAGCUCUGUGAAACCAGCAGCUUUAUAUCUUUAGCGACUUAGCUCUGUACGCGAACGUAUCCCUGUAGCUUAGCUAAGUUUAGCAUGCAGUACAGUAGUUUGUAACACAAGAGUCGUAUUGUUGUGUUUUUCCCACAAACAGACCGCGAAAUGAACGGUCAAGCGGACGUCGAAGUUGACUACAAGCGGAAAUACAAAAAUCUGAAGAGAAAACUAAAAUUUCUCGUUUAUGAACAGGAAUGUUUCCAGGAGGAGCUGAGGAGAGCACAGAGAAAACUUCUUAAAGUUUCUAGGGACAAAAGCUUCCUUCUGGACAGACUGCUACAGUAUGAGAGAGUAGAUGAAGACUCCUCAGAUUCAGAAGCAACAGUCUCUUCAGAAAACAGUGAGGGUGAAGGCCCCAGGGAAAGAGAAAGAGAACGAGACGGAGCAAAGAAGCGAAGAAGUAGUCCUGGGGCAUGUCUUCCUUCAUCAUCCUCUCCUCAUCUCUCCCUGCUGUCCCGUCCUGGUGUUAAUCCCCUGCAGUCAUCAGGCUCUGGACCUUACCUCAACACUAUGCCCUUCCCACCAGAGUAUUUGGCUCCCCCAGCUGAACGAAUGAAGAAAGAGAGAAAAACAAAGGCGCCAAAAAACAAGAAAGAGACUACGGGGAAGGUUGUUGCCCCAAUGGCAGCAAAUUACUCAUCAGCCCCCUCAGCCCCUCAAACAGCCAGUGGCCCCUUCAGCUGGGUUCCCAGGCAGAUGCUCAGUGGAGAUGCAGCGGAGGAGGAGGGGGAGAGUGAUGGAGACAGCGACAGAGGAGAUGAAGACAGAGGGGAGGGAGACGAGGCUGAACUGGUCAUUGACAUCCCUAAUGAGUGAGCAUGAGUGUGUGUUUAGAUGUAUUUAUAAUCAGGGGAUGAAGGGGUUCUGUGUGUGUGUGUGUGUGUGUGCGUGUGCAGGAGUAAGAGACAGAAUACGACUGAAUGUAUUUCUGUAUUCAGCAGCUCAUUCCACAUUUUCAAAAGGGGGUCAAGCUCCCCCCUGUGGACUUUUGCUUAACAGCAGUAUCGCUGUGAAACACAUAACGUGGUUUUGUAUAUUAUGUUAAAAUUGCAGUUUGUAAGCUUUUAAGAAAAAUCUACUGCCACUGUGACGAUUGGAUACAAGCUGCCUGCUGAUCAUUUUUUGUUUUAAGUCUAGCAAUGCACAACUGUGACCACAACUGGGUGUGUCCUUCAAAGAAAGAGUGUUUGUUAUUUGUCUUGCCUCGUCCAACCACCAUGACAGACUUGGUAUUGUUCAAGUACUGUAGUCCACUAAAGCUGAGUUAGUGUGCCAGAGAUCUUUGGGAGGUUAAAACUGUUGAGUUUUGUUCGCUUGUUAUAGGAAGUUUUGGCACUUGUCAUUUGAACUAUGUUAUGCUUUUUCAUCAAAAUGUCAUAAAAAAGGUUUCCUUGCAUUAUAUAUUAUUUUUGUAUCCAUCUAAUUGUGUGCUUCAGAGAAUAAAAUGUAACAGGUCA